UGAAUUUGAAUCUCACUGUGGAUUUUCAAGAAAAAGGGUAAAGAAAUUGGGGCUAAAAAUAGAAUAGAACUUAAAAUAAAUCCAAUUAUAAAUGUAGGUAUAAUUUUUUUAUUUACUUCUGCUUAUUUAUGUUUUCAUAACCAGCAGGAUCAAAUGAGUAGCUGAAGAAUAGCUGAAAGUUUCAUGAUACACUAUGUCAAGUAGUGAAACAGAGAAUACUGUAGAGCAGGAGAGCACUCAACUCUUACCAAAGGAGAGGAACUUUGCAAGCAGUCAACCCCUGAUAACCAUCCAAGCAAAUCAACACUUUAUGGAGGACCAAGACAAGGAUCAACACAAUGGAAGUCAAGUCUCUGUGAUGGAAAACACAAGCUAUGUGAAUAAGGAGUUUAUUAGUGUAUGGGUAAGGGAUCCUCAGCAGCACAAGGAGGAUUUCUGGCACAUGUACGUUGACUAUGAGAUCUGUCUUCAUACCAAUAGCAUGUGUUUCGGAAAGAAAACUUCUUGUGUUAGGAGGAGGUAUAGUGAGUUUGUUUGGUUGCGUCAGAAACUACAAAACAACGCUCUGCUCAUAGAGCUGCCUAAACUCCCUCCUUGGAAUCCUUUCUUCAAUCUCAAUAACGAUUUCCAGGUCACUCAGCGGAUGCAGGGGCUACAACACUUUCUUGAGGCAGUUCUACAGACACCAUUACUGUUGUCAGACAGUCGGCUGCACCUGUUCUUGCAGUCACAGCUGAGCAUUGAAAAAAUGGAUGCAUGUGCACGGGGACAAACGCACUACACUGUUGGGCAGGCAAUACAGCGAUGUGUCUGUGAUGCACGUUUCCCUUUGGAGGAGCAGCUUCGAGAAGAAGACCGCAAAACUGGCUGGGACUCAGACUGUGACAGUACAACAUCCUCUGGACUGGGCCAUAGUGUUGGACCUGCCUCAUCUGUUAAAGAGGAUUCCUUCCACAGUGAGAGCCUUGCCCAUGAAUUCCAAGCCACAAUCCCUGAGACAGAACUCUUUAGCAGCCUGUCUUCAUCUAGCAACAAGCAGCAUGUGCACUCUGUCAUAUAAACUGAAAAGAUAUAUCCAUUCAAAUGUGCACAUAUGUUCAUACAUGUAUACUCUCUGGCAAAGAGAGCCCCGACUGCUGCUUACAGUUUCCAAAGUUAUAUUUGGAUGGAUGAUAACGAGAGGAAAAGAGGUCUUGAUUUUGCUUUAUUACAUGUUCUAUAUCUCUAUUAUUUAAAUUUUUGUGCUCAACACAUUAAAUCUUCCAUGUCUAAAGCAUUGACCUUGAAGGACAACAAACAUAUGCAGAAAAGUGGGGUUAGAUGUGAGGGGUGGUUUACAGCAGUUAUUCUGAAUUUCAGUGUUUCUUCACUGACACUGUAAUUCAGGUGUAGACUCAGUUUAAUAUGUGCCUGUCAAAGAAGCCUUUUAAAUACAGCUUUUGGCCCUCUGUACAGGUGUGCUAUUGUUUAACAGAUUUUAAAAGAAUAUCAGUAAAUUGAUAACAUAUCCUUGAAUGUUUCUUAAAAUCAUAUUUUCUAUUUUCAUAUUAGCAUGGGCACUGAAGUCUGUAAAUGUAUGAGGAAAAGAUUUUAUUUAACAAAUAUGCUUUUAUUGUGAUUAUAUAUAUAUAGCCUUAAAUGAAUAAAAAAAAUUUUUUUAGUUGUGAAUACAAUCUGCUGAACAUCUGAAGAAAAUAAAGCAUGCAAACUGCACAUCCUUAAGCACUGAAAGAAUUGAACAGUUGCAUAGAAGUGAGUACUGUAUCACUUGACAAAUAAAAUCAUACACAGUAUUUACAAAUAUAGAAAAAGAGAAUACCGUUUCUGCUGAUGCACAAAUGAAGUUUUUCAUUGUUCACAAAUGAUAGAAACCAUAAUAGAAAUAUACGGUAAUGUGCAAAGCAUUCUAUUUGUUAGAGCAAAAAUAUGCCCAUAAGUUUCAUAAUUUUAAUUACUUUCAGAUGAAGGACAUCAGGGUGAUGAGAAAAUUCUGGAAACAACCAUGUUCAACUUACUGCCAGUUGUUGUUUUAAAGGUUAAGGAUACUUUACCUGGCAAUGUGAUAAAGGAGUGUCUUUUUCUUUCUUUCUCUGCGUCUCCACAUACAACACAGCAAUUCUUCAGUAUCUAACUGUUGUUUAAGAGAGAGAUUAAGUUCUCAAUGAAUGAGGGAUGAAGUUUGUGACAGAAAUGUUUUGGUGAACUUGGUGGUCUGAUUGGGGUAUGUUCAUCAGUGUCUAGCAGCCGAUAAACACUUUCAGAGUUGUCAUCAAUAUCAGCAGAGUCACAAAACCUCAGCAAUCUGUGCCACUGCCAAUAACCAUCACUGUGGUGAUCACUAAACCCGUAACCCAUCAUGUUGUUAGAGUAUACAUGUAUUAUGUUAUAUCACAGAUUGGAAAUGUACAAACUUUAUAUCUAUACUAGGUACUGGUCAAAAGUUGUAGAUCACUUUAACAUAAUGUAACAUUUUUGUUUUUGAAAAUGUUUUUGAUGCUACUGUUCACCAAAGGUGGAUUACAUUUAUGAAGAAUCACAGUAAAGACAUUUAUGUUACAAAUGGUUAUUUCUAUUGAAAUAAAUGCUGUAUUCUUCAAACUUUCUGUUCAUCCAAGAAUCCUCAUAUUUGCAGAAAUGCAAGUGUUUGGCAUGUACUGGUCAUUAAAGUUGCAGGAAGACAUGUGAGGAGUCUAUUUCUCAAACUAGAGACUCUGAUGCAUUUACCCUCUUGUUGAUGUGCCUGUAGGCUGCCCAGUUCUCUCUCUUUCCUGGUUGAUUCCAGUUUGCUGUCUUCUUUCAAAACAGUGCAUGGAAUAGCCUUCAUCUCU